CAAUGAAAGUAUUACAGCUGAACACAUUGAUCUAGACAGGAUGAAGAACUGUGAACCCCAACUGCCCCAGACACAGUACUGAAUCCGGGCCCAUCACGCUGUCCCAACGGAGCGACAAGUAGACCAGGCAAUUGCACAAUGUGGUGGGCUAGCUAGCUGCCGCCUUUCUGAGCACACCUGGAUCCAAGCUGCAAGAACCACAGGACAGUGAUCUGAAGCAAACCUGCCAUUCCUGGAACCAGUUCGGGGAAUCUUUAUUGCACUUCCUCUAUGGGAAGUAUAUCCCUUUUUUAGGUCACUUAAUUGCAGAAUGGCAAUGUCGAACCUGGAGAUGCAGCUCCAUAGUGCCCAGAAGAACCUGCUGUUCUUGCAGCAGGAACAUGCCAACACGCUGAGGGGCCUACACUCUGAGAUCCGCAAACUGCAGCAGCAUUGCUCUGACCUGGCCUUUGAACUGACAAUGAUGUCACCACCAUCAGAGCAGACAGGGAAUGGUGAUUCAAGAAGUGAGGAAUUAAGGAAAAAAUAUGAAGAGCUGGAAUCCCAGCUAAAAGCAAAGGAAGAUGAAAACAAUGAAUUAAUGAAAGACUUGGAGAAGAAGAAUGCAGUUAUCCUGGUGCUGGAGAACACGAUGAAGGAACGAGAGAAGAAGUACCUGGAGGAGCUGAAGCUGAAGAGUCACAAACUCAGCAUGUUGUCCAGUGAGCUGGAGCAGAGGGCCAGCACCAUUGCCUACCUCACCUCUCAGCUGCAUGCCACCAAGAAGAAGCUGAUUGCCUCGGGCAGUGGAGCCACAGACACUUCAUCCAAUGUUGGCUCUGCUACCAGCAACUAUAAACCAUCACCACCCAAGGACAAGAUGCCAGAAACCCCACGGCGCAGAAUGAAGAAGAGUCUUUCAACUCCAUUGAACAGUGAGUUUGCAGAGGUUUACAGACUUGGGACUGAUGGGAGAAAGCUUGUUCUACGAUCUGAGCCUUUGGAUGCCAUGCCAGACCCGACACCCUUCCUCCAAGGACGGGGGGAGUCCGAUGUGCAUUUGAUGAAGGAGAAACCUUUACCGAUUCCACCCAUUUCUUCCGAGCGUGGCUCUGUGGAGCAGCAGAGCCCAGCCAGAGACAAGCAGCACAAGCCCCAUCACAUCGGUGUGGCCCAUCGAAUCCCACACAUUGCAAGCUCUCAGGCUCAGGCUGCAGUGGAAAUGUUGGCAGUGGACCAGGUUAAUGAUGGGAAGGUGGUUAGGAAGCACUCGGGAACAGACAGAACUGUGUAAAAGGACUGCUUUACUUGGCUUAGUUGCUUUUAUAGCUGUGCACAAAUAUAGACAAAACUUCACGCAGCAACAUUUUAAAAUUUUGUUUUUAAUGACAGAGGAAAUACAAAUGCCAAACUCUGACAGUUUACCAGAAAGCAAACCCAUCACGACUCCUGAAUUUAAUUUUUUUGUCCAAUUUUUCGUAGUUAAUUGUUGGCCCAAUGUAUAAUCUGCUGCUUGCUUCUACCAAUAACCUAAUUGCACUAGUGGUUUGAGGAAAACAGCCACACCUGCUGUUGCACUAAGCAGAUAUAAUCACUGAAAGAGAAGGAACCUUGGAUAAACUACUAACAAACACACACAAUUUGCAGCUAUAAAUUAAACUCUUGUUCUAUAAACUAUUAAUGGUUGAAGGCCCUGAUUAGAUGAAUGUCUAAUAUAUUCUGUCCGUGACAUCUGUGUGUUGUGCAUCUCUUGACAAAGCCCAGCUGGCAGCAUGUAAACCAUUGCCUGUCUGUAUGUAAUAUGUGUCGUGACCAUACUGGAACAAAUCUUCAUAGACUUAUUCAGGUCAUUACAUUUAUACAAAGUUUGAUUUUGUAAUCCAAUUAAAUGAUUAUUGAUGAUCUGAUUAUUUGGUUUCUGAAAGUCAUUCCUUGAGGUUACAUGUGUGAGACUUCAGUAGCUGAUGGGGCAAAGGGGGAUGGAACCAUGUAAAGAGUGGGGGAGUGUGAUGGGUCUGCAUCUACUAUUUAGGUCUAGAUUUACAGUUUGAAGAAACAAUAUUGAACGGGGAUGUUUGCACCAAGUUAGCAGGGUAAGGUGAAAUGAUUGUGAACAAGAACAGCCCAAAACAUUUAUUUUGAAGAAAAAUCAUUAACAUGAAGUGUUUGUGUCUCUACAGACGCUGCCUGACCUGCUGGGGAUUUCCAACAUUGUUAUUUCAGAUUUUCAGGAUUUUGAGCUCUUCCAAAAUUCUACUGCUCACAUCCUAAAUUUUCACCAAAUUUUAUUGACCCUUCACCUCUCUGCCCCACAGUGUCGUCCAUCUGGCAUCCAACAGCUGAGAUGUUAUCCAGCUUGCCAAGCAGCCAAGCACAAUGAAGAAUCCUCAGGCAGCAAACCACGAAGGGAAAAACUAAUUUACAAAACUCAAACUAAGAUUAGUAGGUACACAUU